CCAAAAACACAAAAACAUAUAUUGAGAAACCCAAAGAAUAUAAUAAAAAGAAGGAGACUGGAACUUUGAGAGAUGGAGCACAGAAAGUCAUAUGUGCUCGUCGCGCUCUUCGCAUUGCUUCUCUUGACCGAAGUUGUCAUUGCUCAGAGCGAUGGCGGCAAAGGCAAUGGUGAUAAUGGAAAGGGCAAUGAAGUAGACAAGGGUGAAGGAGAUUAUGGCAAAGGUAAUGGUAACGGUAACGGUAACGGUCCAAAGGACAAGGACAAGGAGGAGGACAAGGAGAAGAAGGAUAAGGACAAGAAGGAGAAGGACAAGAAGAAGAAGGAGGAAAAGGAAAAGAAGGAUAAUGAAAGGAAGGAAAAGGAGAAGAAGGAAAAAGAGAGGAAGGAAAAAGAUAAGAAGGAAAAAGAGAGGAAGGAGAAGGAGAGGAAAGAAAAGGAGAAGAAGGAAAAAGAGAGGAAGGAGAAGGAGAAGAAGGACAAGGAGCAGAGUGAAGCGGCUGCAAGAUACAGGGUGCUUUCACCGUUGCCUACAGGACAAGAGCAGGCGAUGUGCCAGGCUCAGGGUGCAUGUUAUUACAAGACUCUUGUUUGUCCUGGUGAAUGUCCCAAGAGGAAGCCCACGAAGAACAAAAACACCAAAGGUUGCUUCAUUGACUGCACUAGCAAAUGUGAAGCUACCUGCAAAUGGAGAAAAACGAACUGCAAUGGCUACGGUUCUUUGUGCUACGAUCCUCGAUUUGUAGGAGGAGACGGUGUGAUGUUCUAUUUCCACGGAUCCAAAGGCGGAAACUUUGCGAUCGUUUCAGACAACAAUCUUCAGAUUAACGCUCACUUCAUUGGUACAAGACCCGUUGGAAGAACCAGAGACUUCACAUGGGUUCAAGCCCUAAAUGUCAUGUUCGAAAACCACAAGCUCGUGAUCACAGCAAAUAGAGUGUCUCAGUGGGAUGAAAAGGCUGACGCUUUUACCAUCAGAUACAACGACGAACUCAUCACACUCCCUGAAGACGAACAAUCUGAAUGGAGAGCAAUUUCGGGACAAAAAAGAGAUAUCGUCAUCGAAAGAACCGAUGAGAGAAACAGCGUGAGAGUCCUUGUCUCCGGUCUUGUUCAGAUGGACAUCAAAGUGAGACCUAUAGGGAAAGAAGAGAACAGAGUUCACAACUAUCAGUUGCCGCAAGAUGACGCUUUUGUCCAUCUUGAGACUCAGUUCAAGUUCUUAGACCUAAGUGAGCUCGUCGAGGGUGUUUUAGGGAAAACCUACCGUCCUGGCUACGUCAGCUCCGCCAAGACUGGAGUCCCAAUGCCUGUGAUGGGAGGAGAAGACAAAUACCAAACGCCUUCUCUGUUCUCGCCGACUUGCAGACUCUGCAGGUUUAAGCCUCACGAAGUAUCACUCUCUGCUGAUAUCUAA